ACAACUAUGUCUACAAAAGUAUCAUGGAGGAGGAAAUCCCGAAACAGUUUUCGUGUGACAUUUGUAAAUUCAAAGCGAAUUAUGAGUAUUAUGGAUCCAAACCAUCUUUUGUUAAAUCUCUUUUAUUAUUAGAAGAAGCCUAUCUAAUGAAAGAUCCAUUUACAUCAGAUGCAGGCCUGAUUAUACUUGGAGCACAUUGUAGUAUAUGUAAGAAAUGUGUUUGUUUAACAGGGAUUAGUGAGCAAUGGUGGUUCACUAACCAGGGAUCUCAGGUUCAAUGUUGGCCAAGAAAGUUCCCUCAAGUGGCUGGUCGAGAAACUUCUCAAGGGCCUGACCAGGAAACAGCGACUAGUCAUUUAGAUGGGACACAAAACCAAGGCUUGUACGUAAAAAAAACCAUUGACAAUUGGAACCUGCCAACUAGUAGUCAGAAACGCUACAUGUGUAGUCUGUUUUAUACUAAGAGAUUUUGUAUGGAAUGUGUUUAUUCUAAUAUAAAUGAAUUUCCUCUAGAGAUUCAGGAGGAAACGUGGCGAAGUGUAACUUCCGGUUGAUGCCUUCGUCACGAUCAAGAACCGUAACUCUUUGAUAGUUUCCGGGUCGUUUUGCCACAAAUUGAGUUCACAAGUGAGGUUUGGGCCGUUCAAUGUGGAUUCUUGGUGCAGAAAAUUCAUAUGGGAACAUCAUGGAAUGUUUGUAACAUCACUCAGUGGCCGUGGGUACUUCUUAUUUUGGCAUGGAAUUAGUUGUUCCCCGGACUAAACUGUGUAAAUCUCUGGUUGAUUUUAUUAUUUUGGCUUUCUCUUUAUAUGAUUCAUCCUGUCAGUAGUGCUGGACGGUGGACCUGGCAAGGGACAACGUCUAGGUCUAGUCAGUCGGGUGGUACGAUUAGAUUAAGGUCCCUCGAUGUGCCCUUGAAAGUUGGAAUUAAAUUGUUGUCCGGGCAAAAUGUCCCUCGUAGCCACCCAUACAGCAGGUGGCAUCAUUAUCAGGGGCGGAUCUAGGAUU